CUGAGAUCCUCCUGAGAAAAAUAAACAAAAUGGCGUCAUUAGCCAUUAUACUGCGUGUGUUUCACAUUCAGAAAAUGGUCCUUGCUUGGAGAUAUUUACAACCAGUAAAAGAGAGUGGCUCGUCAGAAAUUUGAACGCAUCAACGAAAUAUUAUGUUCGUGUUCUUGGCAGUAAUAAAGCAGGAAGUGGUGCUUACAGUGGAAGUAAAGGAUUUUUACGAAUGGAAGUAAGUACAACAUGUAUAUUUGGACAUUGUACAUGUCUGUGGUGAAGAAAGCUGUUCAGAAUUUAAUGUUUGCCUACUUUUAUGCCGUUCAAAAACCCUACACAGAGCUUCGUUAUAGCAAGAUAUUUUACUCGUCAAUACUUUCACAUUUUCCUCCAGGAGCAGCAAAGAAGGCCACAGAAGUGACAUCAAGUACGCUCACAUUUUCGUUGGAAAUUCCAUCGAAAACGUUUGUGUAAGUUUAUUGACUUUCUGAAACUGAGCUACCAUUGAGAUUCGUCCUAGAUAUUAGGAAGCUAUUUGGAUUUUCUUUUAACGGUUGUUAUAUUUGAAGUAAGAAGAUAAACUUUUGUUUGUAGUCAUUUCUACGUGGUGGCUUUGAAAUUAAAAGAUGACAAGGAACCUACAUCAUCUGACAGUUACGAGAACAGUGAGUUAGUGACGUAUGCCGAGGCAAGAAAAUCAACCAAUCCAAAAACUUAUAUCGCUGCAGUUGUUGCAUUCAGCGGAGUUGAUGGAAACAUGUUUAUACUUGGUGAAGGCAGAAAUACAAGUGAUCCAACAUCACGAAGACGCAGAUCAACCUCGAGUGAUUAUUAUAAUGGUCCGUUGGAGCCUGGCAAUAGUUACAGUAUUUUUCAAAGGAUUGUACUCAAUAACAAGGUAUGGUACUUGUUGCUUAUCACCAUAGUCAUCAAAAUAUGAUGGUCAGGGGCCGGUUGUAUAAAACUCUUAAUCACUUUUUAAUCACUAUUUUGUAGUUAAAUAGUGAUUAACUCUUAAAUAGGCGCUUCUUAUUGGAUGACAUUUCCACUUAACUAUGAUUAACUUUAAUCACAUUUUUAUACAACCGGCCCCUGGGAACUAAACAGACGUCAUUGUCUUGUAAGUGUAUGUUAAUUUGUGCACGGUCACGGUGACUGAGCUCAUUGUAUUUCGUAGAAUAAAGUAACUGUCCAAUAGGGAUAGCUGAGAUGAAAGUGCAACCAUGAUGAAUAAUAUUUAAUGAAGUUGAGACAAACGAUUUGGGCGCGGUGAAGAACUGUAGUUCAACAUAAAAGACAGGCCUUCUAUUUUGUAGCUUUGAAUCCAGACCAUCAUAUCUUAAUAGACUAUGGUUAUCUAUCACACUUUAAAAGUUAAGCUUUCCUUGUCUAAUUCUCGUUUAAAAGCAAUUUGGCAUUGACACCGAUGCCAAACAUAGUAAGAACAACGUUAUAAAUCUUUUGUGUAUCUAAAACAACACCGAUAAAUUUCUAUUUACUUGCUUUACUUUAGAGCGAAUAUUACUCCACAGAUUGGAGUCCUGCUUCAAAAACGAACGAAUAUACAGGUAAACACAGGCAAACAAUUUAACUGUAUUCAUAGAUGAGUUAGAGUUAGAUAGUACAGCCACAAGAAAAAGAUACACAGUCGAGAUGAAAUCCAUUAUUCGUAGAAAAUAAUGGUAGUACAUUUGUUUGGUGAAAACAUGUUCCUUAUCAGUAUAUUCCAAUAUUUCUUGUAUUUUCUGUUUCCCAGGUGGCCCUCGUGUACUGACCAAGAUAUCCAGUGGUGACAUAAAGGCAAAGGAAGGUGAUCUUGUCAACCUACUGUGUUCCGCUGAAGGUGAACCUCCAAUUACUUUCAGCUGCAAAAAGAUCACUAGAAGCCACUGGAAAGUUUCACAGAAACUAAAAAGCCUCACCACAGUUCAUUACUUGUUGUAACAGUGAAAGACCAAACAAGUUUUGGGGAAUAUAUUUGUCAUAUCCGAGAUCGAUUUCAAAGCACUACUCAUGCAAUUUCGAUCCAGAAUGAUACAGGU